UUACUUACACAUUGGGCAUGCAAAAGCUGCUCUUCUGAACCAGCACUACCAGGUUAACUUUAAAGGGAAACUGAUCAUGAGAUUUGAUGACACAAAUCCUGAAAAAGAAAAGGAAGAUUUUGAGAAGGUUAUCUUGGAAGAUGUUGCAAUGCUGCAUAUCAAACCAAAUCAAUUUACUUAUACUUCAGAUCAUUUUGAAACUAUAAUGAAAUAUGCAGAGAAACUAAUUCAAGAAGGGAAGGCUUAUGUUGAUGAUACUCCUGCUGAGCAGAUGAAGGCAGAACGUGAACAGAGGAUAGAAUCCAAACAUAGAAAUAACU